GUGUUUACUUAACCAUUCUCAACUGAACCCGCAUCGGAAUGGCAAACAAUAUGUCAGGUAUCUACCUCUUGGCGAGUAUUCUGUGCCUGGCCAUUGGCGGAUCUGUGGCCCAAUUUAUCGAAGGCAAUUAUAACGUUACCGCCGCAUGUACAACAGUGCCACCUGGCACUCAACUUGGCAGCAUUGUGUCCUGUGACUAUUACUACGUUUGCACCAAAAAUGGACCGGUUCAAACCAAUUGCCCGACCGGUUACUCGUACGAUUAUAAGGCAGCAUCGUGCAGUCCGUCGUCCAGUGUCAGUUGCUAUUAUGGUAUGGACAAUCCUUGCGAGGGCAAAGUUGGCGACAAUUGGGUACCAGUUAUUGGUACUUGCAGCGAAUGGGUCUACUGCAAGAAUGAUGUAGCCAGCGGCAGUGGUACCUGUGUCAACUCAAUCUUCAACCCAGACACUCAAAGCUGCGCUUACGGCACCUGUACUGAGAAUCCCACCACAGGUCCCAAUCUAGAAAACCUUUGCAAAGUGAUCAAACCAUCAAGUUACUUCGGAUCCACGAGUGACUGUGCGAUAUAUUACUAUUGCUAUCCAGACGGCUCAAUGGGAGAUGGUGUCUGUCCUAAUGGUGCAUUUGUUGCACAAUACGGUGCUUGUGGCUAUGAUACAAAUGGCAAUUGUGACCGAAUCACCGAUAGUCCAGUGCCAAACACGUGCACUAACUCAGGUGAUACAACUGGCAAUGAUGUAACGUGUGGCGACUAUUAUUACUGCGACGGCAGCAAAUAUGUGCCCAAGAGUUGUUCCAGUGGUCAAUACUAUGAUACAUUAACUGAAGGUUGUACAUCACGCCAGUCAGCAACGCCAACUGAUGGCUGCAAUCGUUGCCAGUAUGCAAAUGUUCAAUUUGUGAAUGCUGUUGAUACGGCAAGCUGUAACGAAUACUAUUAUUGUAAUAAUGGUGUUCAAGGCACUGUAUCCGAGUGCCCCAUUGGCUACUUUUUCAACGAAGCCAGCCAGGGCUGUUUCCCUAAUUCUGGUCUUAACAUAUAUCAGGCAAACAAUGGAGCCUGCCAUGGAGCUAUCCCAGCAACAGAAGCACCAACGAGAAUAAUGAAGGUUUAUCUGAUGAAGGUACUGCAGAUGAGUCUAAAGGAUGAUCAACAACGAUUCAUUUACAAAACCCUAAACUUUAAGUGA